AUGGCUUUCCGCAUUCAUAACUUUCCACCAGAAGCUGUAUCUUUAUCUACUUAUCAUAAAAAGAAUUAUGAUAUACAUGAUGAAAAAUGUCAUUUCCAGUACCUAACAUAUCAGUCACUUUUUUCUUCGAAAGAGUAUGGUUAUCUUUCUUUCAUUCGUGUUAUUCAUCAACUAGUAGAUGUAAAAUUGAAUGAACAUCUACUCUGGUAA